AUGGAGUCUUUAGGGCUUUUCUCUCUCUCUCUCUCUCUCUCUCUCUCUCUCUCUCUGUCUCUCUCUCUUUCUCUCUCUCUCUCUCUCUCUCUCUCUCUCUCUUCUCUCUUUAUCUUCUGCUCAUAUCUUUCUUUCUUUUUUCUUUCUUUCUUUCUAUCUAUUUCAUCUGCUCAUAUCUAUCUAUCUAUCUAUCUAUCUAUCUAUCUAUCUAUCUAUCUAUCUAUCUCAGUCUGUUCAUAUGUUUUAGUCUGUUCAUAUCUUUCUUUCUUUCUUCUUUCUUUCUCUCUAUCUAUUUCAGUCUGUUCUUAUGUCUUAGUAUCUAUCUAUCUAUCUAUCUAUCUAUAUCAGUUUCUUCAUAUCUAUCUCAGUUUGUACAUAAGUUUUUGUCUGCUUAUAUCUUUCUUUCUAUGUAUCUAUCUAUCUAAUUUUCUUCAUAUCUACAUCUAUCUAUCUAUCUAUCUAUCUAUCUAUCUAUCUAUCUAUCUAUCUAUCUAUCUAUCUAUCUAUCUAUGUCUCCUCAUAUCUUCCCCUCCAAUAGAAAAAUUUCGAGUAGCGACUAUCUCCAGGAAUAAAACUUCGCAAAUUCUCUUAACUUCUUGGUCUAUAUCUGAUUUUAGCGAAUCGAUCUCGUAUGAAAAUUAUUUUGUCCUCAGCACCAAUAUUCGAAGUGUUAAAUUGUGCUUCUAUUUUAUGCCAAUCAUAAAAAUGGCUUCGUUCAGCCAAUAA